AUGGGAGAUUGGGCAGGUGUGGUCAUAGGCUUGGUGCUAUUUGUGGUGUUUUCACCUGGAUUACUGUUCCAGCUACCAGGCAAAGGCAGACCAGUGGUUUUUUGCAAUUUCCAAACAAGUGGCAUCGCCAUCUUUGUUCAUUCCCUUCUAUUCUAUGGCUUUAUGGCUAUCUUCCUCAUUGCCAUUAAUGUUCACAUUGGUAGUGGAUAA